UAUAAAAUUAUACGAUCAACAAUUUAUUUCUAUGAUCACUGGAUAAUGAUCGCCUUUUGAGUCUUUUCCCGAAGAGUAAGAAUUAUUUCAAAUCAAAGAGUAGGAAUUAUUUCAAAUUGAACAGUAAGAAUUAUUUUAAACUAAAAAAGAAGACUUAUUUCAAAUAAAAAAAUAAGAAUUAUUUCCAAAUUAUCUAAUAAUGUCAAUUUUCUUCCAUUAUUUCAUUUUCAUCAUAAAUUGUGCGUUUAUAUUUUGCGACAAAUGUUGCGAAAUCGGUUUACGAGAAUCGCCAGGAUAUGUUUUAGUAAAAUCAAAUGCGAAGUCUUUAAAAUCAGUUAUUGCAAGAAAAGAAGUGUUGAAUGUUGAGAAAUGCAAAGAAUUCGCGGAAUCGAAAAAAGCUCUUGCGUUCAAUUUUGGUAGCGAGGAAUCAAAAAAUAAUUUCAGAAGCAACUACAAUGGAAAUUGUGUAGCUCUGGAUUGUCCUGAAGUUCAUAAUUUCACAGCUCUUCAAAAUGCAACAGGUGUAAAAUAUUAUAGUUCAUAUCCUUAUUGGAUUUGGGCCAAUGACAAUUCAACCAAUGGAAGUUUAUCCUGCGUUCCUAAAGUUGGAUUAUUUUUAUUUUUUGAGGAGCCCUUCAAUUUUGCUGCCGCACGACUCACAUGCGGAAAUUUAAAUUCAACCCUGGCACAUGUUAUCAGUGAAGAACGCACCGAAGGUUUGACGAAAAUUAUUGGCAAUGUCCCAACAUUCGUUGGAUUAAGCAGUCAAGACAGAAAAAGAACUUGGAAAAAUGAAUUCGACGAGCCAUUGGAAUGUUUCGAUUAUCGAGCAUGGGGUGAAAGAGAACCGUCACAUUCGCGGGGCUGUGUUGCAUUAACUCGUCCAAAUUUAAAAGACUCACCAUUCUGGAAAGUUUUACCUUGCAAUGUUGAAUGUCCAUUCAUCUGCGAAAUACCGCCAGCAAAAUACAUAUAAAAAGUCAAAAAAUAAAAGUACCAAUAAUCGCACAUGAAGAAUGGAAAAAAUCUGAAAAAAAUGACAAGCUUCUUCAUACGAGGAAGCAAAAUUAAUAGGUACUUUCUAUUGAAACAAUAAAUCAUCUAGAUUAGAGAAAAAAAAAUUUUAUAUUUAGAUAAAAUAUAUACAAAUGCACACACGAGUUAAGUCUUGGCACAUUUCGCCGAUUAACAUUUGACUCGAUGAGAGAAACGAGAGAAAAUAUAAAAUCCAUUCUGCUAUAUACAUAGUUUUCAAUUCUUUUUUUUUUUAUUUUUUUCUUACUUAAUUAUAAAUCUUCAUCUUUAAGGUCGUUUUUUAGUAUUAAGGCUCUUAAUAAAUUUUAGAACCUUUCUUUUUCAAAUUAAAUAAUUAUGUCUGAAUAUUCACAAACAGUAAUUCAGACAUUUAAUCAUAAUAUUAUACUAUAAUAUAAUAUUACAUAUAAUAGUAACGUAGGUUUGUAAGCUGCACCCAACAUUAUUAUUUCUUUUUUUUCAUUAAUAAGACUUGUAUUAAUGGAAUAUCACGAAAACGCAAGGGACCGAAUUUCCCAGUAUAAUAUCCAUUACACAGCGAUUAUCGGAAGCAAGCAGUAAAUAUACUAUUUUUUUAAUUAAAAAAUCGACUUUUUAUACAUUCGCACAAAAAUCGAAUUAGUAUUUUUCUUUUUCAAUAAUUCAUAAUUUUAUUUUAAGAAAAGUUGCCAUUGUUCCCUGAAUGAGAAGCUUUAAUGUAACAAAAAGCAAAUUAUUCUUUAAUUUUAUAUUAACUCACUAAUUUGAAUGUCCAUAAUUUUUUUUUAAAUAAUGGAGUUUUUUUUAAUAAUUUUAAUUGAAAAUUUUGAAAGUAAUUGGACUUUAUGAUGAAUUUAUUUCCAGUUUUUAAAAUAAUCGUGUUUGUUCAUAAUUGAAAUUAAACAUUUAAUUAUAGAAUUUUAUUAAAAUUUUUAGAAAAUUAUUAAA